GCCCAGUGAGGUCAGCUCAUGAAUAUUGCUUCAUUUUCCUGAGAGGCUCCGGCAGCGGCGGGCACCUCGUGUGCGGUGCCCGGCUCUCCGUGCAUGCAUUUCGCCAGCCGGGCAGCGGACAAAGUGGUGCUCUCGGGGCUGCGGCGGCGGAGGAGGCGGAGGAGCCGGCCGGUGAUGGACGCGUCCCCGAGAUAGCCGCCGCCAUGAGCCAGCCGCCUGCAGGGGGCGCCGCGGCCGAGCCGCGCCUGCAUCCCGAGGGCAGCAGCGGCAGGAAGCAGCCGCGGGCAGCCUCGCCCGCCCGGGCCCGCGACGCCGCCCCGCGCCCGCAGCCCAGCACCGCCAAAGCCGCGCCCGGAGCCGCCAAAGCCGCCUCGGCGCGGCCGCCGCCCGGCCAGGCCCCCCGAGCCGCCCGCGGCCGCGCCGCCGAGAAGCCGGGACGGGGAGCUGUCCAGCCCGGCGCCGGUGCUGAACCGCCGCCCAGCGCCGGGAGAGGAGGAGCCGCCGCCGCCGAGGAGCCGCUGCCGCCGCCGGGCGCCGCCGAGGAGGCGCCCCCUGCAGGGGCCGGCGGGGGCGAGCGGGAGGGGGCGGCGGCGCCGCCGCCCAAGCAGUGGCGGGGGAAAGCGGGGCGGUCCCCGCUGAAGGGCGCGGGGGAGGCGGCCCCGGCGCCUCCAUCUUCCUCGGGCGCGGGGAAGGGCCGCGGUGCUGCGGCGGGCGGCGGCGGGUACUGGAAGGAGGGAUGCCUGCAAAGUGAGCUCAUCCAGUUCCAUCUCAGGAAAGGGCUGGCAGCGGCCGCCCAGAUGCAAACCAAGGGCAGCAACCACAGCAGCAGCAGCGGCAGCGCUGCCUCCGCCGCCUCCCCGGCCGCCGCCCCGGCCGAGCCUCCCCCGGCCGCCUCCGCCUCCUCGCCCGCUGCCAUGGCGGCGGCCGGGGCGGAGGGGCUGCGGCAGGGCGAGGCGGAAGGCGACGGCAGGAGCUGCGGCCCCGAAGUCGCCCUGAGCCCCCACCUGCAGGAGGAGAUGGAGGAAGAGAUGGAGAAGCUGCGGGAGGAGAACGAGAGCCUCAAGAACGAAAUAGACGAGCUGAGGACAGAGAUGGACGAGAUGAGGGACAGUUUCUUUGAGGAGGAUGCUUGUCAGCUUCAAGAAAUGCGCCAUGAACUGGAGCGAGCCAACAAGAACUGCCGGAUCCUUCAGUACCGGCUGCGCAAGGCCGAGCGCAAGCGGCUCCGCUACGCCCAGACUGGCGAGAUCGACAACGAGCUCAUACGCAGCAUGGAGCAGGACCUCAAGGUUGCAAAAGAUGUGUCGGUGAGGCUUCAUCACGAGUUAGAAAAUGUGGAAGAAAAACGUACUGUAACAGAAGAUGAAAAUGAAAAAUUAAGACAGCAGCUUAUAGAAGUUGAAAUUGCCAAACAAGCACUACAGAACGAGCUGGAAAAAAUGAAAGAGCAAUCACUGAAGAGGAGAGGAAGCAAAGACCUACCAAAAUCAGAAAAAAAGUCACAGCAGACACCAACAGAGGACGACAAUGAAGACCUGAAGUGCCAGUUACAGUUUGUCAAAGAAGAAGCAGCCUUGAUGAGGAAGAAAAUGGCUAAAAUUGAUAAAGAGAAAGACAGAUUUGAACACGAGCUGCAAAAAUACAGAUCAUUUUAUGGGGAUUUGGACAGUCCCUUGCCAAAAGGUGAAGCAGGUGGGCCACCUACCACAAGAGAAGCUGAACUCAAGCUUCGAUUGAGGCUUGUGGAGGAGGAAGCUAACAUUCUUGGGAGGAAAAUAGUUGAACUGGAAGUAGAAAAUAGAGGACUGAAAGCAGAGCUCGAUGAUUUAAGAGGAGAUGAUUUCUCAGGGACCACUAACCCACUCCUGGGAGAGCAGAAUGAAUCCCUGUCAGAAUUACGACAGCAUUUGCAGCUGGUAGAAGAUGAAACAGAAUUGCUGAGGAGAAAUGUAGCUGAUUUAGAAGAACAAAACAAACGCAUAACAGCUGAGCUGAACAAAUACAAGUACAAGUCUGGGGCCCAUGAGAGCUCCAGGCACCAUGACAAUGCCAAGACGGAAGCGUUACAGGAGGAGCUAAAAGCUGCACGAAUGCAGAUCAACGAGCUGAGUGGAAAAGUCAUGCAGCUCCAGUAUGAGAACAGAGUGCUGAUGUCCAACAUGCAGCGCUACGACCUGGCCUCUCACCUGGGGAUCCGUGGCAGCCCCAGAGACAGCGAUGCGGAAAGCGAUGCGGGAAAAAAGGAGAGCGAUGAUGAUUCCCGCCCCCCUCACCGCAAAAGGGAAGGUCCCAUCGGCGGGGAAAGCGACUCCGAAGAGGUGCGCAACAUCCGGUGCCUGACGCCCACCAGGUCGUUUUAUCCAACGCCGUCGGGGUGGCAGAAGAGCUUCACUGACAGGCAGCAGAUGAAGGACAUUCGCUCCGAAGCCGAGCGGCUGGGCAAGACAAUAGACCGCCUCAUUUCCGACACAAGCACCAUCAUCACAGAGGCAAGAAUUUAUGUGGCCAACGGGGACCUCUUUGGGCUGAUGGACGAGGAGGACGAUGGCAGCAGGAUACGUGAGCACGAGCUCCUGUACCGCAUCAACGCGCAGAUGAAGGCCUUCAGGAAGGAGCUCCAGGCUUUCAUCGACAGACUGGAAGUUCCAAAGUCUUCGGACGAUCGAAGUGCAGAUGAACCUUUGUCAGUGAGUCAGAAUUGUUUCAGAGAGGUUUUGGGGAGCAAACUCCUUGCUGACUCAAGAUCUUUUGCCAUGAAAAAUGAAAAUUACCUACCCUUAUCUUAUCAUGCAAUCCUAUAGUUGGCAUAUCUUGUUAUUGCUAAUGAAGUUAUCCAAUGUUUUGUAAGUCUCUUGCUGUGGUAAUUUACUUUGUGCUGUCUUGCUAGUUUACAGUUGAAGUAGUUGCCAGGUGAAGCUGAAAGCUAUUCUUAUUCCUAUGCUGACUAAUUAGUCUUUUGUUUCCUUGUAUCAGAAAGUCACAGACGCAGUGAGUUUAAAGCUAAUCAAUUACUAUACAUGUAUUGCAUGAAAUCAAACAGAGACGGCACUUAGCAUGCUCACUUUCUGAUCUAGCACUAGUUCUGAGCUUGUAGAGCUCCCAUUGGCUUAAAGGCAGAGCACUGCAUGGACCUACACAAAUUUCAAACAAACUAAUUAGUAUUUUCUCUAAACAAAUAAUAAAAUUGAACAUUUAACAAUUGGACAUUUCAGGGCUUGACCAUGCAGAACUCCUACUGAAGUAAAUGGGAGAUGGGCACUUGGUCCCUCCACAAGCAUAUUCUGAUUCACUAUUUAUUUUGUUGAAACUUUGGACUUGCUAUUCCAUUAAUUGACUGUUCUCUUUGUCUUUGUAUUUACUU